AGUUAUUUGGCUCCAGUAGCAGCAGUCGUUCUUUGGCUCCGACAGCAGUCGCCAUGGAAGGAGAACUAACGAGCUCGAGAAGAGUUGCCCACCGCUCUACGAGAGAAGAAACUGAAAAAGAGAAAAAUAGGAUUCCUGGUUCUGUGACUGCUAUAGAGGAGCUGAUCUGGUUUGCAGGAGUCGCAACCUGCAUAAAGCUCCUUCUCAUCCCUUCGUACCGAAGUACAGACUUCGAAGUUCAUCGUCAUUGGCUUGCGCUCACCUCCUCUCUUCCCCUUUCUCAAUGGUACUAUGAUGAAACGAGUCCGUGGACACUCGAUUACCCCCCUCUCUUCGCUUACUUCGAACGGUUUCUGUCUAUCUUCGCUAAUCUCGUCGAUACAAAGAUCGUAGACCUACACAAUGGGUUGAACUACAGUGCAGAUUCAGUGGUUUAUUUUCAGAGGAUUAGCGUCAUGGUUUCCGAUCUGUGUCUCUUCUAUGGAGUCUAUAGAUUGACCAAAAGCCUUGAUUCGGCCAAGCGGAGGAUGAUUUGGGUUUUGAUUGUGUGGUCGCCGGCGCUCAUUAUCGUGGAUCAUGUGCAUUUUCAGUACAAUGGGUUUCUUCUGGGGUUUCUGCUGAUUUCUCUUUCGUAUUUGGAGGAAGGAAGGGAUUUGAUGGGAGGUUUUGUUUUUGCAAUGCUUUUGUGUUUCAAGCACUUGUUUGCGGUUGCAGCGCCUGUGUAUUUUGUGUAUUUAUUGAGGCAUUAUUGCCGGGGAGGGCUGGUUAACUCUAUCGGGAAGUUUUUGAUGAUGGGUACAGUAGUCGGGUCGGUUUUUCUGGUUGCAUUUGGGCCAUUCUUGUAUCAUGGGCAGAUACAACAAGUCCUCCGCCGUAUGUUUCCUUUUGGCAGGGGACUCUGUCAUGCAUAUUGGGCUCCCAAUUUCUGGGUGUUCUACAUAAUUUCGGACAAAGGGCUUGCUUUUGUUCUUGCAAAACUUGGAUUUAGCAUUCAGACACCAGCAGCUUCUUUCACUGGUGGGCUAGUAGGGGAUUCCUCACCUUUUGCCGUGCUUCCUAGGGUUACUCCUCUGGUAACCUUCAUGUUGGUUUUACUUGCCUUAUCUCCAUGUCUUGUUAAGGUAUGGAGAGAGCCUCGGCCAGGAAUGAUCACUAGAUGGGUAGCCUAUGCUUACACCUGUGGUUUUCUCUUUGGGUGGCAUGUUCAUGAGAAGGCAUCUCUCCAUUUUGUUAUCCCCCUUGCUGUUGUUGCAGUGCGCAGCUUGGAAGAUGCAAGGCAUUAUUUCUUGUUGUCAAUAGUGUCUUGCUACUCAUUGUUCCCUCUUCUAUUUGAAGCUGAUGAGUAUUCAAUAAAAGUGUUGCUUCUGCUUCUGCAUUCCCUUCUCACGUGGGUAGGUUUUUCCUCACAGUUCAGCAAGACCACAGUGGUGUCCACAAAGCAACAAGGUGAGAAAAUGGGAUCUAAAGAAGGCCUGGUUGCUGCCAAGGGUGGUGGGUUGGUUGUUGGGUGGGUUAGGAUUUGUUAUUUGUUGGUUCUUUUGUUUGUUGAAGUAUGGGGUCAGUUUCUACACCAUUACCUUCUUGGUGACAAACUUCCAUUUUUACCCCUUAUGUUGAUCUCAAUAUAUUGUGCAUUAGGGAUCAUGUAUUCUUGGAUUUGGCAGCUAAGAUUUAUCAUUAGAUGCCCAUGAUUCAUUGGCUUUUUGAA